AUGUCGGACCUCCCCCUGGUUCCCGAUCCUCCGGCCGACGAUGCCGUCAUCGAUUCUCUUAUCGCCUCAGAACCCCAUCACCUCCCCUCCCCCGACUACAUCCUCCGCUGCCAACGCCGAUCCAUCCACCUGACCCACCGUCAAGAUUCCAUUAACUGGAUCCUUAGCGCUCACGCACAUUAUGGGUUUAAACCAGCAACCGCCAUCCUAUCCGUCAACUAUUUCGACCGGUUUCUCUCCUCCGCCUCUCUUCCGGGGAAUAAUAUAUGGGCAUUUCAGCUGCUAUCAGUCACUUGUUUGUCGUUGGCUGCUAAAAUGGAGGAACUCCAUAUCCCUUCUCUCCUAGACCUCCAGGUAUCGGAACCCCGAUUCAUAUUCGAAUCCAAAACGAUUCAGAACAUGGAGCUUUUGGUCAUGGCUAAUCUCAAUUGGCGACUCCGGUCGAUCACUCCCUUCGAUUUCCUCCAUUACUUCAUCUUCAAGAUCCCGGUUUCUUGUAGACCCGACAACGAUGAUCCACAUGGGAGUUUCCGAUCUGCAUGUUCGGAUCUUAUCGUCAGUACAACUCGCGUCAUCGAUUUUUUGCGGUUUCCCUCGUCAGUGAUUGCAGCGGCAGCGGUGAUGGUGGCGGCCGGCGGUGUUGAUGUACCGGAAAGUUUCUACGAGAAAGUAAACAAAGAAAUGGUGGGAAGCUGUCAUCAACUGAUGGAGGAGUUCUUGGUGGACACGUGCCCAUCAGCCAAUCAGAUUAAAAUGAAGCUCCGAAUAGCCGAGCAGUCGCGGGCGCAGCCACCGUCGAGUCCCGAUAGGGUACUGGAUGCGGCUGCUUGCGUCAGCUGCUACACCUGUUCGAACGACGGUGGUCGAAUCCCACCCUCCGGCGAUGGUAGCUUUGGGAAUAAUGUUAGCCAAGCCGAGCCGCCAAACAAGCGGCUCCGAUCAUUUGUACAUGAAGAGCAGCCAUAG